UUUAGAACGCAAAUGCGAUUAUUAUUAUUAUUAUUCUGCUACUACUUGAGAUCCUGAGUGUGUGUAAAUUAGCCGCAGGAUGAUUUUGAUGGUUUAGAUGGGCGCUCUUUCGCUCGUAAGCUUUGGUUAUUCCGUUAUUUGAACUAAAACAGUAACGAUGUUAAAAAGGGGAACCGGUUCUAAAGCUAGCUACAGUCCGUAUUCAACGGGUCAGAGGGUCAAGAAAGCAGACAGCAAAUCAAAACGGGAUCUGUUGUCCAGUAAAGCCAAUGUGUGGCUGAAACAGCUGUCCAUUCUCCAAGAGCAGCCUCGGAAAGAUGGCUUGGAUGCCAGUUCUUCCUCUUCAUCUGCACCCUCCUCCACCCCUGCAAGUCUUUGUCCACCAGCUGUGGAAGGCCAGACCUGCCCGGGCACUCUGUCUGCUACACAUGGCAAACUGGUGGGCUGUCCAUCACCGGCAGGCACCCUGAAGAGGCCUACAGCUCUGAGCCGCAAUGCCAGUGCCGCAGGCUCCCCAAUCCAGUCCUGGGUGUUUAGUAAGGGCCAAGGCCGGGCUGCUAUUGCCCAGAGCCCUCAGACUGAGACCGUAGAAGUGCCAGCAGCUAUCGAAGUAGAGGAUAUCCCCUCACUGCUGCGUUCUGUGGCUCGGUUCGCCGAGGCUGUUGAGAAACUCAAAGAUGUGGUUCUGGAAGACAAACAGGAGAACCGCCGCCCGUUGGCCCAUGAGUGUCUGGGUGAGGUGCUGCGGAUCCUGCGCCAAAUUAUCAACAUGUACCCACUCCUCAACACGGUGGAGACACUCACCGCCGCUGGCAAACUCAUCUCCCAGGUCAAAGGCUUUCAUUAUGAAGUCUGCAAUGAAGCCGAAAAAAAGGACUUUGAGAAAGCCAUCGAGACCAUUGCAGUAGCUUUCAGCAACAAUGUCUCGGAGCUGUUAAUGGGAGAGGUUGACAGCAGCACUCUUUUAUCAGUACUGCCUACAGAGAAGAGCAAGUCUGUGGAGAACCUGUACAGAAUCUCUGGUGUGGAGACUUCACAAGACUCUUCUGAAUUAGCAAUGAGAGCUGAGGAAGUAGACAUCCUUCUGCAGCGUAGUGAAGGUGGAGUUGACUCUGCCCUGAUGUAUGCUAAGACCAUCGCCAAGUACAUGAAGGACCUCAUUGGCUACGUGGAGAAACGCAUCUCUUUUGAGGUGGAGUUUUCCAAAGGCCUCCAAAGACUGUAUCAGACAUGCAAGCAAACAAUCACGCAGCCACACAUGCCUUUCUUCUCUAUAUACUCUCUGGCCCUGGAGCAGGACCUGGAGCAGGGUUCAGGAAUACAGCAGGCUGCAAACACUCUGCACUGCCAGACCUUCAUACAGCCUCUGAUGCAGCGUAAACAGGAGCAUGAGAAGAAACGAAAAGAGCUGAAGGAACAGUGGCUCAAAGCAAGGAGAAAGCUGUUGGAGUCUGAGGCAAAUUUGCGGCGAGCUAAGCAGGUCUACAUUGCCCGCUAUGAGGAAUAUGAGAAGGCCAAGACAGCAGCUAGCAGAGCAGAGGAGGAGGGCAGCAGCUCUACGGCCAAAGCAGUGGAUAAGAAAAAGCGACUAGAGGAAGAAGCUCGCAAUAAGGCUGAAGAAGCGGAGGCCACGUAUCGUGUGUGUGUUGCAGAUGCCACACAGCAGCAGCAGGAGCUGGAGCACACAAAGGUUACAGUGCUGAGACAGAUCCAGGAGGUCAUCAAGCAGAGUGACCAGACCCUCCGCUCUGCCACUAUUUCCUACUACCAGAUCAUGCACAUGCAGACGGUGGGGCUGCCUGUGCACUACCAGACACUGUGUGAGAGCAGUAAGCUGUAUGAUCCAGGACAGCAAUACGCCACCCACGUCAAAGAGCUGCAGAUGAGCGAGGAGCCCGAGGUCCAUUACACCUUCGAGCCCUACUGUGCUUCCAGCAGCCAGCAGGCAGCGAGAGUGCGUAGUGACAGUUCCAACACAGACGCACCGAGCAGCACUGAAGGGACGGUCACAGCAGGAGAAACAGCUGAUCCUGCCACUGCUCAGAAAGAGGAGCAGAGGAAAGCACGAGGUCACAUGACUCACAAAUCAUGGGGCUCCACAGCAAGUGACACAGACAGUAUGGUCGGAGGGAAUGACGUCAGCUCUCCCACCAACAGUGCAGGCGACAUCAGUAAAAUGUCCCGAACAGCGUCCACAGGAACGAUGUCAUCAAACGAGGAUGCAGAUGAAAAAGAUGGGGCCAUGGUGAACUUUGAAACUUCCAAUAUUAAUGGCAUUGAGCCCGAAAUCGUGGUGCCGACUGGGCCAUUUAAAAGCGUGGGCCUAUCCAAAGCUGCGCAAACUCACCGGCUGCGCAAAUUGCGCUCUCCAGCAAAAUGCCGGCAGUGUGACAGCUAUGUGUACUUCCAGGGGGCAGAAUGUGAGGAAUGUUACCUGGCUUGCCAUAAACGCUGUUUAGAGACUCUGGCCAUCCAGUGUGGACAUAAGAAACUACAAGGCCGCCUCCAGCUCUUUGGACAGGAAUUUUCCCAGGUGUCCAGCAGCAGCUCUGACGGAAUUCCCUUCCUCAUCAAAAAGUGCACUUGUGAGAUUGAAAGGAGAGCCCUUAGAAUGAAGGGCAUCUACCGGGUGAAUGGUGUGAAAACCAGGGUAGAGAAAUUGUGCCAGGCAUUUGAAAAUGGCAAAGAGCUGGUGGAGCUGUCGCAAUCCUCUCCGCAUGACAUAAGCAAUGUGCUCAAGCUCUACCUGAGACAGCUUCCAGAGCCCAUCAUGCCUUUCCGCCAUUAUAACAGUCUGAUGGGCCUUGCGAAGGAAAGCCUGGCCCUGGUGGGACCUGAGGGGGCCGAGGCUGGGAAGGGGCCUGAUCUGGUUGAUCUGGGCCCAGAGACGGACCCUGAACUCAUGAACCUGGUGCACAGACUUAAGGAGCUCCUUACUGAGAUUCCCAAAGCAAACCUGACCACACUGCGCUAUAUAGUGCGCCAUCUCCGCAGGAUUGCUGAGCUGGAAGAGGACAAUAAGAUGAGCCCCAGUAAUCUGGGCAUUGUGUUUGGGCCCUCACUGAUACGGCCCCGGCCCUCGGGGGCCACAGUGUCUCUAUCUUCUCUGGUGGAUUACCCUUAUCAGGCCCGUGUUGUCGAGACACUCAUUGUGUUUUACCCCAUAGUCUUCCCUCCUGAGUUAAAUCGUCCAGGCGGUAUCAGUACAGUCCACGCCCCAUCACUGCAGCAGGAGAGCAGUAUUGACGGGGAGGACUCGGGUACAAAUGAUGAAGAAGCAGAUCGCACUGAAGAACAUGGAGGAACCGAGGCAGACAAGAUAAAUGAAGGACUAGAAGGCUCCACAGGCACACUGGGGUCCCUGGAGCAAAGUCUAGAUUCUGACUCAGAGCUGGAGGAGGAAGGAGGUGGGACUGAAGAACAGCCACUUUCCCCAAUCAGUAAUGAGGAUCCUGAAGUAACUCCUCCCACAACAGAGGUCCAGCAUCACUCAGGUUCAGAUACUGAACCUCCUGCAUUGCCUGAGAGUGAGCCUCCGGAGCUUGAGGGUCCAGACGAACUACCAACGAGCUCAUUCGCACAGCUCAGCAUCAACCAGUCCAACACCAAUGAGCCACAGUGUUAAUCAGAAUGAGACAGAGUUUGGGUAUAAGGACUAAGCCCUUGAUUUAAAGAGACUCACUUAAACUGCAGGAACCUUUUCAGGAACCCAAUAACUUUAAGCAUGGUUCCACCACAGGAACUAGGUCCUGGCCUUUAGUUUCAGGAAUCUGCUUCAGAGUCAGCACUUUUCUGCAGAUCAGGAACUUCAUAAGCCGUUUGAUAUUCUUAAAAUGUCUUUAAAAACCAUUUCGCUAACAAGCUUGUUUUAUAUGAUUGUUUUUAUAAGAUGACAGGCACAGUUCCCUGAUGCUUUUAACACAGGUGGUGAAUCAAAACUAUUAUGACUUGCUUGUGGUUGCCAAAAAAGGCUUGAAGAUUGAAAAUGUGCUUUGUGCCUGCUUUACUGCUGCUGGUUUAAAACUCUACGUUAAUGUUCACCCUGCAUUCCCACUGGCAGUGAUGCGACAUGACAAAGCAGCUUGAAGUCAUUCAUUUACAUUGAGAGUUGAUAAUUUACACAACAGAAAUUGAAGUGAUUGCAACGUGAACAGAUUAAAGAGAGAGAUUAGAUGGAGAUUAAAUAAAAAUCAGAAGCAAAAGUAAUGUGGCUGUCUACCACUGUGAGUAAGGAACAGCGGCAGGCACACUCCCAAACGAAAACAUCGUCCUGUGCACAUACAUGCUUGAAGUGUUUGUUGCACCAAAAUAGAACAGUGAAUGUAAGCUCGCCAAAGGCAGACAGCAAAAUUUAAAAGAAAAUUUCAUCCUGAAGCACAUUAAAUCUUGAAAUAUAUGUGGUGUGUUUAGCCAUUCUGGAGCUAAUCUGCUAAUCAAAAAUAGCCCUUAUUUUUGUUGUUCCUAUGAGAGUUAGAAGUUGUGUGGCACUCUACCAUCACUGGGGAUAUUGAUAGUGCUAUUACAUUGGUGUUUCAUAGGAGAAAACUUGAAUGAUCUCAAACAUAAGGGAUAAUGCUCAGGUUUCUUAAAAGUGUUACUUUUCACACUCACCAUUAUCUGGCGACUCGGAGUUCCAGAAUGGAAUGCUGCUAUAUGACACUGAGUUAGAGCAGAGACGUAACUCGGCUAGUUAGCAAUCUACAAGCUGGUGAGUACGAUGGCACUGAUGGAGGUAAUAGGAUGAAAGUUGAAGCUUUAGAAGCUGAUCUGUAUGAACAGUGUGUACAGUUGAAGAGGUUGAAAGAGCUUAGUUUGAACAGCAAUUUUGGUAACGUCGGAAACGGUGAUUAUAUUGAUGAUAAAUAAUGAUAUGCGCUGCAUGGAUGCAAUUUGUACGCAACCAUUCCUGCCAUUAUUUUUAUUUUAAGUGGGAAUACAUAACUUUUUUUUUUUUUUGUAAAAAUGGGCAA